CGACCGGAGAGGACCUUGCGUAGGUUUUAGUGGUUGGUUACAGAGGGGGUGGAGUGUAAACGUGCGAUAAAGGUAGAUUGAUCGGACAAGUUGCUUGUAUUUGGUCAGUGACUGGAGUGAAAUAAGUAGCCAGCAAUACAAGUUCAGCACUAUCAAGGCGAUAAAGUUGGCAACGUGGACUUUGUGGAAAUAGGACCUUCAAAAGAACUCACUACUGUAUGCCAGUUAACAAUACACUUUGUUGAAGAAACGGUCAAUAAGAAACAUGCACAAAGUGUGCCUCGUUUUGUUUUUAUUUGCUUCCGUCUACUCCGAGUCGCAGGUAUGGGAGACUGAGACAUGGAUGCCCAUGAAGACGACCCAAGCUAUUUAUCAUGACGAGCUCAUCUCGUCUGGAGACUCCACCAACGGCUCAGACUUUGGCUUCCCCGAUGAGGAGCACGACACAAUUGACAACGACAACAAGGCGGACGACAAUGAGGAUUAUGACGACUUCUCUGGCUCUGGCGACAGAGUACCAACUAUUACAAUCAAAAAUGACAAUACCAUGAAAUCAAAGCCUUCUAUGAACAAGAUUCCAGACCUGAGGCUCAAACCCACAAUGAACGAGAUUCAAUUGGUCCAGAAGAACAAUGAAGUGUCAGUAUGGGUUUCUCCCAAGCCUGAGGAGCACCCAUCGAACGUACUGAUGGCCCAGGCAGGGGAGGAGAGCAUCUUCAACAAGACUGAGGUCCUAGCAGCUCUUAUUGCUGGUGGAGCAGUGGGGCUGUUCUUUGCUGUCCUCCUCAUCCUCCUGCUUGUCUACCACAUGAAGAAGAAGGAUGAAGGCAGCUACGACCUGGGAAAGAAGCCCAUCUACAAGAAGGCUCCCACCACAGAGGUCUACGCAUAAAGCCCACCUUCGCCGGGGCCGCUUGCCUCUUGAAAGCAAACCUCUUGUCUGUACAGCCGGGAAGUCCCAGAGGGAGAAACCAUCACAAGCAAAAAACUGCUUCUCUUCUACCAUGAGUUCUACAAUGGUUCAUUUAAAUAAAUACAAAAUCGGAAAGAACAUUUUAUUAACUGUCCAUUAAUAGGAAGAGGACCAUUUCAGCUGCCAAACAAUGCAGUGCAAGAUAUUUUGAUGUUUUUUCUUGCCCAUGUAAAAACGAAAGUGUACAUUCUGCAGCGACACUGCAGCAAAAUCUUGACAUUUCCCUCCCACCUUCUCUUUAAUGACACUAACAAGGUGAAUGAGAACGUCACACUCAGUGAGGUGACAUGGUACAAAUAUUGGUACAGCUAUUUAUUUUCCUCCCCCUCUAACCUUGGUACCCAUUCCUGUGUUAAUACUGCCAUUACAGAAGUCUGUCACUAUUGCAUUUUAUAUUUGCAGUGCAUUUGUAAAGUAUUCAUACUGCGUUUUCCACAUUUUGUUAUACAGCCUUAUUCUAAAAUGUAUUGAAUUGGGGGGGGGGGUGUUUCUCCUCAAUCUACUACACCUACCACCCCAUAAUGACAAACCAAAAAUAAUACUGAAAUAUCACAUUUGCAUAAGUAAUCAGCACCUUUACUCAGUACUUUGUUGAAGUACCUUUUGGCCGCGACUACAGCCUUGAAUCUUCUUGGGUAUGACGCUGAAAGCUUGGUGAACUUGUAUUUGGAGUUUCUCACAUUCUUCUCUGCAGAUCCUCUCGAGCUCUCAGAUUGGCUGCACAGCUAUUUUCAGAUCUCCAGAGAUGUUCGAUUGGGUUCAAGUCCGGGCUCUGGCUAGGCCAGUCAAGGACAUUCAGAGGUCCCGAAGCCACUCAUGCGUUACCUUGGUGAACCUCCCAGUCUGAGAACCUGUUCCAGAGCGCUCAGGACUUCAAGGAUCUUUCCCUUGAUCCUGACUAGUCUCCCAGUCCCUGCAGCUGAACAUCCCCACAGCAUGAUCAAAUCAAAGUUUAUUUGUCACGUGGUAUGUAAAGAAAUAAAAACAACAGGAAAAAUAACCGUAGCUAGUUGGGCUGAUUGAGGUAGUAUGUAGAUAUGGUUAAAGUGACUAUGCAUAUGAUGAACAGAGUAGCAGUAGCGUAAAACAGUGGGUCGCGGGACACACCGCAGACAGCCAGCCCGGUUAGCCAGUGUGGGGACACUGGUUGGUCGGGCCAAUUGAGGUAGUAUGUACAUGAAUGUAUAGUUAAAGUGACUAUGCAUAUGUGAUAAACAGAGUAGCAGCAGCGUAGAAGGGACACGCGCACACACACGAUGUAAAUAGU